UCGUCUGCACUUCUUAUUUGGUCCGUGGAGUGCCGGGAGACCGCUCGCGCGGCCGAAUCCCUCGCCGGUUGCCUCCCCAUUCAGGUCUCCUUCUUCUCCCGGCUGCCGGCACACCGGCCUAGCGUGCCGGAAUCCGGGAGAUCGGAUCCCGUCCCAGGCGGUGCUCGAUUCCCCACCCUCUCUCUCUCACUUAGCUAUCCUUCCGUAGUCCUCCGUCUCGUCGAGCCGUAGGAGGCUGAGGCGUCGGUUAUUGUGACCAUGACGCGGCGGGAAGGGGUGGCCGAAGGGUGAGUGGCGUCAUCGUCGGCCGUGGUCGAGUUCUCUGCAGCUUGGAUGAUGAUUGGUCCCGUGAACGGCGCGUCGGCGGGGAACCCUUGUGAAGGGGAGAAAACGACGAUCAACAAGGAGCUAUGGCACGCGUGCGCCGGACCGCUGGUAGCCCUCCCGCCGGUGGGGAGCCUCGUUGUCUACUUCCCCCAAGGCCACAGCGAGCAGGUUGCAGCUUCCAUGCAAAAGGAUAUUGAUGCUCACAUUCCAAACUACCCAAAUCUUCCUUCGAAAUUGAUAUGCCUUCUUCACAAUGUUACUCUGCAUGCAGAUCCAGAUACAGAUGAGGUCUAUGCUCAAAUCACCCUCCAGCCAGUUAAUACGUAUGAUAAAGAGGCAUUGCAGACAUCAGAUCUAGCUUUGAAACAGACAAGGCCUCAGACAGAAUUCUUUUGUAAAACACUUACCGCAAGUGAUACAAGCACUCAUGGAGGUUUCUCUGUUCCUCGUCGUGCUGCAGAAAAGAUUUUUCCGCCACUUGAUUUCUCGAUGCAGCCACCUGCUCAAGAAUUGCAGGCCAGAGACUUGCAUGACAAUCUAUGGACCUUCCGCCAUAUCUAUCGAGGUCAGCCAAAAAGGCACUUACUUACAACUGGUUGGAGCCUAUUUGUGAGUGGAAAGAGGCUCUUUGCUGGUGAUUCUGUCUUAUUUAUUAGGGAUGAGAAACAACAACUACUUUUAGGCAUCAGACGUGCUAACAGGCAACCUACUAACCUAUCAUCAUCAGUCCUGUCGAGUGACAGCAUGCAUAUUGGAAUUCUUGCUGCAGCAGCUCAUGCUGCUGCGAAUAAUAGUCCCUUCACUGUAUUCUAUAAUCCAAGGACUAGUCCUUCAGAAUUUGUCAUUCCUUUUGCUAAGUACCAGAAGGCAAUAUACAGCAAUCAAGUAUCUCUUGGCAUGCGCUUCCGCAUGAUGUUCGAAACUGAAGAAUCAGGAACAAGGAGGUACAUGGGUACAAUCACAGAGAUAAGUGAUCUGGAUGUUGUUAGGUGGAAGAACUCACAAUGGCGUAAUUUGAAGGUGGGGUGGGAUGAGUGCGCAGCUGGUGAGAGGCCCAGUAGGGUCUCCAUAUGGAACAUUGAGCCCAUUGCAGCACCUUUCUUUAUCUGCCCUCCACCAUUUUUUCGGAAGCGUCCUAGACAACCAGGUAUUCCAGACGAUGAGUCAUCAGAAAUGGAAAAUCUUUUUAAGAGGGCAAUCCCUUGGCUUAACGAGGAGAUCUGCAUAAAGGAUUCUCAAUCUCAGAAUGCUAUAAUGCCUGGUCUAAGCUUAGCUCAAUGGAUGAGCAUGCAGCAGAAUCCCUCACUAGCUAACUCAGCCAUGCAGAAUGAAUGCCUGCGCUCCUUGAGUGGACCUGUUGUACAAAACCUUGGAUCGAGUGACUUCUCAAGGCAUCUGCAGGCUCAGAUUUUGCAGCAGAAUAAUAUACAUUUUGGUGCACUUGGAUUGCCUCGGCAAUCCCAAGUCGACCAAUUACCUAAAUUGUCCGGCUCUCUGAACCAAUCCAGUGUUGUUAGCAGACCACAGCAGCAACUUCAAGAUUUCAGUCUACAGCAGAGGCAACACAUGCUCACCCAAGCAUCUCCCUUGACCCAAAACCAGGCCAGUCUUCUUCAAUCUCAGUCACUUGUCCAACCUUCAGUUCAACAGCAAUGUCCGGUGAUUCAGAACCCCCAGGUAUUACAAACCAGCCUCCUGCAAACCCAGCCACAAAGACCUGAGCAACCAGUUCCACUCCAGCAGCAGCAGAGUAGGAUACCUGUCGAUAUCGCAAACCAACCAAACAAGCAAUUACAAGUGUCUGAUCCUCGAAUUCAGUUUCAGCUCGUGCAGAAGCUACAGCAGCAACCCUCAUUAUUGUCACAACCAAAAGUCCAGGAAACCCAAUUACAUCAAAUUCAAGAACAGCAGAAGACGUUGCUUGAAGUAUCACAGCAACUUUUGGACUCCCCCCGUUCAUUGGCUCAGCCACAUGUUACCCCUCGACAAGGUGCAAAGAUGACUUCACCGGGUGUCCAGCUGCCGCAAUCCUUGCAGACCCAGUCACAGCAGAAGCUUCAGCAGCAGCAAGUUCUACUAGCCGACUUGCCUGGAAUAACUUUCCCUGCAACUUCAGCAACCAAUCCGAUCUUGGCUAAUGGCAGCUCUUUGUUAGCUACUGGAGGUGCACACUCGGUGGUUACAGAUGACAUCCCAUCUUGCUCUACAUCACCUUCAGCAAACAAUGGUGUUGUUCUUCCUCAGUCAACUUUAAAUUGGACUCGUCUGCGCAACCCUGUGUCGACAGAAAAGAAUCAACUAGUUACUAUGCUCAGUCCAAGCUCCUUUGAAGCUUCAGUUGCAAACCUUAACAUAGCUAAGGAGCUGCCUAAAGCUGUACAGGACCUGAAACCCUCGGUGCCAAUUUCCAAGGUGCAAUCUCAGGGAGCUGUGGAUCCUCAAGCUUACAUUAACGACGCCGUCCAGCUGGAUUACCUGGACACUACUUCUUCAGCUACUUCGGUUUGUCUUUCUCAGACUGGAACCUUCCCAUUAACAUCUUUCAACCAGCCAUCGAUGCUUAGAGAUAUCCCUCCGGAUGAUGAUGUCCAAGGCACAGAUCCAAGGAGCAGUGCCCUUAUGGGUGUCAACGUUGAUGGACCAUUGGGCAUAGCUAUUGCAACUGAUGCAUCACUAGCGACUAGCAUUGCUUCAGAGAAGUACCAGAAUCACAUUCCCGGUAAUAUGAUCUCAAACUACAAUAUCUCAAACGAUGUUCAUCAAGAGCUAUCGUCUUCACUGGUCUCUCAUUCAUUUGGCGUUCCGGACCUGGCUUUCAAUUCUAUCGAUUCGACAAUUAAUGAGAAUAGCUUAUUAAAUGCAAGUUGCUGGGCACCUGCACCACCUCUUCAGCGAAUGCGGACUUACACCAAGGUUCACAAGCGUGGAGCUGUUGGCAGGUCAAUAGAUAUUACUCGUUAUUCAGGCUAUGAUGAGCUCAAACAUGAUAUUGCCCGCAUGUUCAGUAUAGGACAGCUCGAAGAUCUGCAGAAAAUUGGUUGGAAGCUCGUCUACGUUGAUCAUGAGAAAGAUGUUCUGCUUGUUGGUGACGACCCAUGGGAGGAAUUUGUGAACUGCGUACAGUGCAUUAAGAUACUAUCACCACAGGAAGUCCAACAGAUGAGCUUGACUGGUGAUCUAGCAAACAACAUCCUCCCAAAACAAGCCUGCAGCAGUUCAGAAGGUGGAAAUGGCUGGAUGGGUCAGCGUGAUCACAAUUCUGGAUCAUAUGAUCAUUUGGAAUGACUCUGUUUAAGGUGUGGCGCAACAAAACCGAUCUCGUUAGAAUCUGGACCGAAAAGAGCAGCUGCGGAAUGAUGGCAAGACCACUCGAUCGACCUUGGUCGGGAAGAUGAGCAUAGAAGACCAUGGUAAAGAGUGAGCCAAAUUGCUCCCUAUAAAUGCGGUGGUACGGAGGCUGGAAUCUAUAGGUUGUAGUUAUUUCCGGUUGGACUUCCAAAAUCUUUAUCUAAUAUGUACAUGUAUAUUAGCUCCAUAAUUGAAGUUUAUCGACUGUUUUAGAACUAAGCUGUGGAAAGAUGAAACGUAAAAACAGCAACUGCACUCUGGCUUAAUUAUAAUAUCAA